AUGGCGAAAGAAGCUCAACUUCCAGAGAAGACAGCUUCCCAUGAUCAUGGAACCAAACGCCUCAAACAUGCAUCAAUCUUAGAAGAAGAUCGAAUCAGCACCUUACCUGACUCCAUCAUCCUCACUGUACUAUCCUCUUUUCCCACUAAAGACAAAACAGGCGUUUUAUCCAAAAGAUGGGCCUAUCUUUGGACCUCUGUUCCCUCACUCAGUUUCACAGAUACUUCCUAUGAAAAUGCGGCUGCUUUUGCCGCUGCCGUGGAUAAUGCCCUGCUCCUACACAGGGCUCUGAAACUCACAAAUUUCUCCCUAGAAUUCGAGUACAGGGCCUACAGGCCAGAGCUAAAGCCUCGCGUCGAUCUUUGGAUUCGUUUUGCCACAACUGCCAAGGUAGACCAACUAAGUGUAUGUUUAUCACCUGCUAGUUGCACACCUGUAGAAUACACACUGCCGCAGCAUCUCUACGCCAAUGAGUUUGUUUCUAUAUUGGAUUUUGGUAACUGUAUAAUUGAGCCUAAUGGGUUAAUAGGUUGGAGUUCACUCAAGCACUUGUAUUUUGGGUUCAUGUCCUUGACCGGCGAUGUGAUAAAUGAAGUGUUAUUGGGUAGUCCUAGACUUGAAUCCUUGGAAUUGCAUGAUUGUUAUGAUUUUUAUCAGCUGGAAAUAGUGUCCGAGAGUUUGAAAAAAUUGGUGAUAGAUUCUUAUUAUUCAGGCUCAGAUUGGUACUUCCCGUUGGAAUUGGAAAUUGUUGCUCCAAAGAUCGAGUCUUUGGAAAUUAUAGGGUAUUUUUUUUUAAAUGAGGAAGUGUCAGAUAAAGGAUGUGUCGGCAUUGGUUGA